AUGGACAUUCAUGUGGGAUUGGCCGGCAAGGACUUCAGCAGAAGCAAUCUCUCGCGCCCAAUCUCUCGCUGCCCCCCCCCUCCUCCGCGGCGCAGGAGCGAUGGCGGAUCGUCUGCGCGCCAGGAGAAUCUGUCCAAUGCGGACUUCCGACGGAUGGUCAUGGAGACGCCACGGCGAGCUCCACCGGAUGAGAGCUCUAAGGAGCAGCGCCCUAAAAAAGAGGAAAAAAAGCCGACGACGAUCGAAGACAUUAAUUUGCCGAAGUAUCGUGACCGUGCUAAAGAGCGACGCGAGGAUCAAAAUCCAGACUACGAACUUAUGGCUGCCGCAUCAGGAAUUAGCAGCUUACACGCCGUAGCUCCUCCGGGAGCUAAGAUAUCCAUAGCCAAUAGCAAGUAUCUUGGAGGUGAUGUCGAGCACACGCAUCUGGUGAAGGGGCUGGACUACGCUCUCCUAAACAAAGUCCGGAGUGAGAUUGAUAAGAAACCAGAAGAAUUUGAGCAGCAGGCUGAGGAAGAAAUAAGGGUCCCAAUAAAGUUCAAUUCUCCAGCUGCGAGGGUGGUAUACAAAUGGUUGGUCAAGCCUCCAACUUCGAGCAAAACAAACGACAUGUUUCUUCCGGGUAUGGCCUUUGCAUUUGACAUGGAAGAAAUGACACACCAUAUUCCUACCAUUGUGUACCGAAGCAAGGAUGACUGUCCUACACCCGAGGAAUUUGUGACUGUGGGAGUGGACAUGGUUGUCUUAGAUAGAAUAUCCAAAAUCAUGGCUUAUUUGAAGCUGGGAGCUUCCAGUAAGGCCUCAAAGAAAAAGAGAAGAGACAAAUCCAACUCGUAAAGCACUGUAAAAGAAGAAGCGGCGGCACCACCGGUUGACGUCAAACAACCAGCGAUGAGUGAUG